AUGCUGCGCCGUAGCCAGGAGCUUCUGCGCGUGAGCCCGUUUGCGCUCUUCAUGCAGGAGGUUGGCAAGACCGGUAAGCUGAAGGGGGCCAAGAACGUGUGUGGGGCCGCAGCGAAGAUGUACCGGAGGCUCUCGCCGGCUGAGAAGAGUGCGGUGGUGCGGAGGGCCAAGGAAAAGACGUUUCCGUUGCAGCAGGCAUAUCAGCGAAUGGCGAAGCGUGAGAUGAAGCGCCUGCGCGAUAUGCCCAUGUCGAAGCGCCAGGAGCACACCAGGGCAAAGUGGAUCUCCAUGAGGAGGUCUCGGGCGAGCAAGCCCACCAAGACGGUGUCAAGUGCCAAGGCGAAGGUUAAGGCGGCCAGUAAGGCUGGGAAAAAGAUCGCGAAGGGGCCGAGUAAGUGA